CCUGGCUGCGGGAGGAUGACCAAGACCCUGGAGCUGGAGCUUGCGUUUGGGGCAGGGGAGAGGCAAGCCCGGGCAGAGCAUCCUCUGCCCGCCCGCUCCCCCCAGCUCGGGCCCGCGGUGCCGGGCGGGAUGCGCAGCCGGGGCCGGGGCGGGGAGCGCAGAGCGUCCUCCCCCGCCGGUCCGGGGGGAGCGGGGCGGCGCGGCUCGGCUCGGCUGGGCCAGCCCUCUGCGCCUCCCCGCCACGCCAUGGAGAGGAGCCGCGCCGGGCGGGAGCCGCAGCCCCGGCCCCAGCCGGCCCAGGGGAAGCCACCGUCCCUGAUGGGAGACAGCGUGCCCCCCCCCACCCCACCGCCCCCAUCACCUGGGGGUGUCCUGCAGGGAGAGCGCACUGCCCCCCAGCAUGACCAACCCAUCCCUCCAGCCACUGUUCCCUCCGAAAAGACCGUCUCGCCCGUCCCUCCAGCCAUCACUGCCUCCGAAAAGAACAUCUCGCCUGUCCCUGCAGCCGUGACCCCCUCCAGGCAGCCCGUCUGUCCCCCAGCUGCGGCGUCCCCCGCCAAGAGCAGUACUCCACAGCAUGACCGACCCAUCCCUCCAGCCGUGGCACCAUCAGGACAGCCCGCGUCCCACACCCCUACAGCCAUGGCCCCCUCAGCAGAGAGCGUCCCCCCCUGGUGUGACAGUUCCACCCCUGGGCCCCCCCAGCCCCCCACCAUGGAGCACCCCAAAGAAGAGGCGUCUCCCCACGCUGCCGGCCAGCCGGUCCCCGUCCUUGCUGCCCCGUGUCCGGCAGAGACGGUGCCCCAUGGGAGUGAUUCCCCAGCCCCGGCUGCCGGGAAAGGGGUCCCCUCUGAUGCCAAGAGUCCCCUGGGCGGCGCAGCUGGGCCAUCAAAGGACGUGCCCCCCCGGAGUGACCGCAGCACCCCAGCCGCAGCCUCGCCAGCUCCUGCUGCCAGCCCCCGGCCCAAGCAAGAUGCCCAGAAAGCCCAAGCGAGGCACAAGCAGGCAAAGGAGCGGCGUGAGGAACGGGCCAAGUACCUGGCCGCCAAGCGGGUGCUGUGGCUGGAGAAAGAGGAGAAGGCCCGGUUGCUGCGGGAGAAGCAGCUGGAGGAGCGGCGCAAGCGGCUGGAGGAGCAGCGGCUGAAGGCGGAGAAGCGCCGAGCCGUGCUGGAGGAGCGGCAGAGGCAGAAGCUGGAGAAGAACAAGGAGCGCUACGAGGCGGCGAUCCAGCGCUCAGCCAAGAAGACGUGGGCAGAGAUCCGGCAGCAGCGGUGGUCCUGGGCAGGGGCCCUGCACCACGGCUCCCCCGCACACAAGGACGGUGCGAGCCGCUGCUCGGUGUCCGCUGUAAACCUCCCCAAACACGUCGACUCUAUAAUCAACAAGCGGCUCUCCAAAUCCUCUGCCACCCUCUGGAACUCUCCCAGUAGAAACCGGAGCUUGCAGCUGAGCCCAUGGGAGAGCAGCAUCGUGGACCGGCUGAUGACGCCCACCCUGUCCUUCCUGGCGCGCAGCCGGAGUGCAGUGACGCUGUCUGGGAAUGGCAAGGAGCAGGUGCCUGUGUGUCCCCGCUCAGCCUCCGCCAGCCCCCUCAGCCCCUGCCACAACCACCGCCUGCAGCACCGCUGCCGUGACAGGCGGAAGGUGGCCACUGGCAGCCCCGACGUGACGCCACGCCGUAGGACCGAGUCCUCGCCUAAGAAGAAGGAGAAGAAGGAGAAGGAGCGGGAGAACGCCAAGGAGCGCAGCGCCCUGUCCCGCGAGCGCAGCCUCAAGAAGCGGCAGUCACUGCCGGCGGCGCAGUCCCGGCUCCUGCCCGCAGCGGACAGCAGCCCCGGCCCCAAGAACCGUCCCUCAUCUCCUGCCACCCCCAAAGCCCGUCCGGCGUCCCCCAGCCCGGCCCCCGGCUCCCCCCACAAGCCGCCCCUGCCCCGCAGCGCCCACUCCUCUCCCAAGGUGCGGGUGAGGGCGCGGGAGGAGCCGGGGGAGCAGGAGAGCAAGGUGAAGGUGCGUGAGAGGAAGGAGGAGGAGCGGGGCCCAGCUCCCCCAGCACCCCCCGAGUCCCCCAAGGUGCCCACAGAACCAGCAACAGCCGCCCCCGCAGCCCCCAGCCCCGCGCCCGCCACCCCCCCGGGCAGAGCCCCCGCCGGCACCACGGACCGGGAGGAGGCCGCGCGGCUGCUGGCGGAGAAGCGGCGCCAGGCCCGUGAGCAGCGGGAGCGCGAGGAGCGGGAGCGCCGGGAGCAGGAGGAGCAGGAGAGGCGAAUGCAGGAAGAACGGGCGCAGCGGGCGGCGGAGGAGCAGAGCCGCAGGGAUGCCCUGGCGCGGCAGCGGGAGGAGGAACGGCGGCUGCAGGAGGAACGCGAGGCCCAGGAGAAGGCACGGGCUGAGCGGGAGGAGACGGAGCGGCUGCAGAGACAGAGGGAAGAGGCCGAGGCAAGGGCGCGUGAAGAGGCUGAGCGGCAGCGCCUGGAGCGGGAGAAGCAUUUCCAGCGGGAGGAGCAGGAGCGGCUGGAGAGGAAGAAGCGCCUGGAGGAGAUCAUGAAGAGAACACGCAAGUCGGACGCAGCAGAUGCCAAGAAGAAGGAGGACAAGAAGGUGGUGAAUGGGAAAGCGGCCGAGCAGGAGGAUGUUCCAGGCCGUGAGAAGCGCACAGGGCCGAUGCCAAAGGAGGAGGAACUCCCCGAGACAGAGACACCGAGCGCAGGGACACCGGGGGGGCUGAAGGGCCCGGCGGGCGAGGCGCUGCAGCAGAGCUCCCCGGCCAAGGAGGUGGCAUCUCUGGUGAACGGCGUGCAGCCCGGCAAGCACGAGAACGGCUUCUCUGGCACGGGGGGGCCGCCAGAGCUGCUGGAGCUCUCCCAUCACGGCACCAGCCCCGGCAGCAUCAUCCCCUUCGGCGACAAGGAGCCGUUCCUCAAACAGGCCGUGGUCAAACCCCCCCAGGUGACAGAGGUGCUGUGAGGGCCAGGCCCCGGCUGACGUCCCCGCGGUGCCACCGCACACGUCCCGACUCCGGACGCCCGCGCAGAACCGUAGCUUUGUCACAAGAACCUCGCUGCUCCCCCCUGCCCGGCCCUGCCACGGGGCGCCGGGGGGGGUGUGGGACCCCGGCGGGGGGGAAACCUGGUUUCUCUCUUCGUUCUUGUUUUUAUUUUGUUUUUUUAAAUAUGCACCUUAUCAGACUGACACCCCCACCCUAGCCGCCCGCCAGAGCCGCCCCAGAUGUGUGGUGUAAUACUGUAGUUAUUUAACUCGCUGGGUACAAUGUAUGUGAAUACUGUAAAUAGAGCUCGGCCGGACACGAGGGACACCGGCCUGGCCCCGCGCGGGACGGGAGGAUUCGGGGCUGCUGGGGGCCACAGCCCGUCCCCACAUCCCCGUGUGUGCACUGGGGGCCCCCGGCCGGCACCACGCUGCUCCCCGUGCCCUUGUGACAGUGUUAUGCACCCGGACAACCUUUGCGAACAAUAAAAGUGGACAAGUGCCCUCGU